ACCAUAGGUACGCCUAAUUGAAGUCGAGAUGGCUUGUGUUUGUAAACAAUGUACAUAUCCAAAACUUAUUUAAAUUUAUUGAAAAAUUGUGCCUAUGUAUCGCCCUACGCUUAUGUACAUUGAGCUAAACAAUUUCUAACCUGCCCCAAGUGUGUAUGAGUUAAUGCAAGUUGAAUAAAAGUUUCAACUCUACAAAAUGAUUGGCUUAUGUCGUCUAUGUGCUUCUCUUAAGAAACCAGAACUCUUGGUGGCCAUCACAGAGGAAUCUGAAAUAGGCCUGAAACUAGAAAAGUGUUGUCAGCUGUGCAUAAACAUGAAGGAUGCAUUGCCCAGAUCUGUGUGCCAGGAAUGUUUAAAUUGCUUGAAUUUAUCAUAUAAAUUCUAUAACAAAGUCAAGGAAGCCCAGGAGACAUUGGAGGCAUUCUAUCCCACUACAACAGAGGACACUGCUAAUAUGGAUGAGGAGACAAUUGCCGGUGAAAAUGUAAAGAAAAAAUCCCCUAAUCCUACGAAACUUAUAAAAAUUGAAAAAGAGGAAAAGCUGCCCAAAAGGCCUUGUAAGAGAGGAGCUGUAAGGCCAUUAAAAAUUGCCAAAGUUGAUUCGUCAUUGCCAGAAGAUGGGAACUUAACAACAGCUAAAUCAUCGAAUAAUAUGACCAGUUCCUCAUCAGACACCAAGCCUAAAUUGACGACGCCUGUGAAGAAUGGCACCUCUAACAAGAAUGUCCCUGCUGGCCACAAUAGUAAAUAUGACUUGAAGCAUAAACCCACAACGCCGGACAAAAAUAACACUUCCAUACAGAAAGUCCCCUCUGGCCAUAAUAAUAAAUAUGAAUUUGUUAUAGAAAAUGUGGAAGUCAGCAAUGAAGAUGAAAAUGAUGAGUAUAUGGAAGAAGUCUAUAGUCUGCUGGAAAUGGCCAAAGUUCGCACUGGUCAUGAUAGUGAAGAUCAAUUGGAUUCUUUACAUGAUGUGGAAGUCGAAGAGGUAGAACAGCAAGAUGUUUUUGAUUUGGACGAAUAUGAAUAUGAAGAGACGACAAUGCCGCAGCAUAUGGAAGAAAUAGUGACGCCAGAUGAGGCAGACCAAACGGUUUUGGCCAACUCUUAUGAAGAUCCAGAAGAUGAGGCAGAAGAGUGUAACUUAACCAUGCAAGGGGGCAACAUUAAGAAGGAAUUUUCAUCUUUGCCUUUACAUCUGCAAGUCUCCAGUUGGAAUUCCUAUCAAUUCAUGUGCUGGGUUUGCAGCACAAAAGUCACAUCGAUUAUAGAUUUGUUUAAGCAUGCCAAGGAAAAACAUUCUAUGGAUUGCGAUGACCUAAUGCAAUAUCACUGUUACGAUUGUCAAAAGAACUCUAGCAAUUAUUCAGCAUUUCUCAAUCAUGUACGGCUGAAACAUCAUCCAGCGCUUAAGCUGAGAUGCGAUGCUUGUGAUACUUUGUGUGAUCAUUUUGAACAUUAUGAAACUCAUCGUAACAACAUGUGCAACAAUGCAUCACUCUAUCCCAAGACAUUGCCAUGCAAAUAUUGCUGUAAAAGUUUUCAAAGUCUUAAUGGUCUUCAGGUGCAUAUAGCGCAGCAACAUCAGGCAGAUGCCACCAAACGAGAGAAGUAUAAAUGCAAGUUGUGCAGCAAAGAGUUUGCUUGGGAAAGAACUUUAAAGAGUCAUGAAAUGGAACACUUAGAAAAACCCAAAUGGAAUUGCAUAAAAUGUGAAAAGUAUUUCUACAGCAAAGCGAAUUUGAAAUCUCACAUUGAUACACACGAGACAGAACGCAUGUACAGCUGUCACAUAUGUUCAAAAAGCUUCAAGAGCAACAUUAUUUUGCAGAAACACCAAACCACUCAUACGGAUAUUAAACCAUACCAAUGUGACUUUUGUUCCAAGGAAUUUCGUACAAAAAUCCAAAAAGUAACUCAUGAGCGAACACACACUGGUGAAAUGCCAUUCGCUUGUGAUCAUUGUGAAAAGCGUUUUCGUUUUCGAAGUGCCCUAAAUGCCCAUCUCAAGGUCCACAGUGGUGUCAAAGAGUAUACAUGUAAAUAUUGUUCACGUGCUUUUAGUGACUUGUCGAAUUUUAAAAAACAUCACAAGCGCAAACAUGCCGACAAGGAAAUGUAAAAUAAAGAAAUUUGUGCAUAAAUUUUAAAA